AUGGCUUCCAACAACACAACAUCGCCAGACACGCAGGUCACCCUGAAGAUCAACUUCGAGGGAAUGACUCGCCGCCACAAGCUGCCACUGCGUGAUAUGGGACCCAGCACCCUUGAAGAGAGAGUUCGCUCUCUUCUUGCCCUCAGCCAAGACGUCGAUGUUGUUCUGAAAAGAUAUUCAGACUCGGCUGGUUCAUACAUAACCCUCGACAAGCAAAACGUUUCCGUUUAUAAGCAGCUCUAUCGCGCCGCUAAGGCCAAGCAAAAGCUCAAGCUCCGUGUCACCAAAGUGGCCGAGGAGAAGAUGGCUCCCAGGCCAGUAUCUGUCGAAGACGUUCCGGAGCCCAGUACCCCGGCCGCUGAGCCCAAGAUUGAGGAGCAACCACAGCAUUCCGAGCCAAUCUCUGUGCAGCCGCUGGUUGAUUUGAGGCAGUCCACUCAUGUUGAGCCCAAGAAGGAACUACCAAGUAGUGAUACAGGCCUCGACUUUGAGGCCUCUAUCCUUGCUUCUCUCCUCAGAAGACAUGCCAAGAUCAAUGAUGAGCAGACCCCACCAAACCCCGACAUUCCUGUUUCUGAGGGUAUCACCGCCCGUGAUCAGUGGUUCGCCAACGCCGCUGCUCCCGAAGCUACGCCGACAAGGUCUUCUUGGGGCCGUUGCCCUGCUUUGGCACACCCCAGCACCAACUUCGCCGUGUGCUGCAACAGCUGUGACCAAACGGUUCCUGAUGCCCAUUAUCACUGCUCAACUUGCGACGACGGCGAUUUUGACCUGUGCCAAAACUGCGUCGACCAGGGCAUUACCUGCUAUGGUGCCGACCAUUGGCUUAUUAAGCGUGUUGUCAAGAACGGUGUGAUCAUCAACAGCACAACGGAGACCAUCGCUCCCAAGACCAAGCCCAAGGCUAAGGAGCCCACCAAGGAACCAGUCAGGGUUUCCGAGCUCCAACAGCUUCUCCCCGACCGAAUUCUCCCCGUUUUCAGCGCUGCCAUGUACAGCAUGCGUACUUGCAACUGCUGCGUCACCGAGCUCCCUGAGUCUAGCUUCCUCCACUGCACUAGUUGCGAGGAUUUCGAUUUGUGCCACGCCUGUUUCGAAAAGGAUCUUCACGGCCACAAUCCCAAGCAUCCCUUUGUGCCCGCCGUCGAAGGUGCCCACGUCCCCAGCCACAUUCAGGUCAAGCUUUCUCCUGGCCGUAACCAGAGCCACAAUGCCAUUUGUGACGGCUGUGACAAGUACAUUGCCGGUGUCCGCCACAAGUGUCUUGACUGCCCUGACUGGGACUAUUGCGCUGACUGCAUCGUGAACUCCAAAUUCGUUCACCCCAAUCACCGCUUCGUGCCUAUUUACGAGCCUCUGGAAGAGGUCCGCAGCCGUGCUGUUAGCCGCUCUGUCCAUUUCGGCAUUUGCUGCGACGGCCCUCUGUGUGCCCGCGCUCACAACGCGCCCACCUAUAUUAGCGGCGUUCGCUACAAGUGCACCGUGUGCCACGACACUGAUUUCUGUGCUAACUGCGAAGCUAGCCCAGCUAACACCCACAACAAGACUCACCCUCUUGUUAAGUUUAAGACGCCUGUUCGUCACGUCACCGUCACCACCACUGGCGAGCGCGGCGAUGGUCAACGCAUGCAACAGAUGGGUGACCGUGGCAUCCGCCGCACCAGCUCCCGUUCUACCGAGACUACCGCUAAUGCUUCCAUCAACACUGUCCAGACUGUUGUUGACGUGAAGCCUACCGAACCAGCUGUCAAGGAGGAGGUUGUCGAAAAGACAACCGAGCCGGUGCCUGAAAUGAAGAAGGUGCCGGAAGUAAAGAAGGAAGUUAUUGAAGAGAAGCCCGCACUUCCCAUUGCCGAGAAGCCCAUCACCGAGCAGGAUCUUGCAGCUGUCUUCGUCCGUGAUACCGUUGCUGACGGCACCAUUCUGCCGCCUAACCACGUGUUUGAGCAGACCUGGGUCCUUCGCAACGAUGGCGAGGUCGCUUGGCCCGCUGGAUGCUCGGUCAAGUUUGUUGGUGGUGACUACAUGGGCCACGUCGACUCUAACCACCCCGCUGGUAUUUCCGAGCUUGUCUCCGCUUCUGAGUCUACAGUCUGCUACGCACCUCUUGCUCCAGGCCAAGAAUUCGCCUUCAACGUUCUCCUCCGUACUCCUGCUCGCGAGGGCAAGAUCAUCUCCUACUGGCGUUUGACAACCAAGGACGGUCUGAAGUUUGGUCACAGACUUUGGUGCGAUGUCAGCGUUCAGGCCCCUAAGCCUGUCGUUGAGGAGGCGAAGGAGGUUCCUACCGAAAUGCAGAGCAGCAACAUGAUCUUCCCCAAGUUGGAGAAAGAGUCCCCGGUUUCCAGCAUCCACCAGGAAGUUAAGUCCGAGGCCUCUCCCGCUCCCGCUAGUAGCUCCGAGGCGGAGGAUUUCGAGGAUUGCGCUGAGGACGAUGAGUGGGAUGCUUCGGACGACGGCUUCAUGACGGAUGAGGAAUACGACAUUCUGGACGCCUCGGAUGAGGAGUUCCUUGAGGAACAGCAAAGGAGACUCAGGAAGUAA